AUGGACAGGGCGGUGCAAAGAACCGACCACGAUGCCAUUGCGUCGAAGCUGUCGGCAGUCAAGCGAGGCUACUACGAGGACGAGUACCUGGAGCUGUUUUGCCCCAGGUUCGAGCCGCGAUUGCCCCUGAUCAACAUCGGCACAUGGUGUCGUGUGCGGGCAAUUGAUCAGGCUAUAACCGAGUUUCUCGAGAAAAACACAGAAGGUAAAACCCAAGUUAUAUCUCUGGGUGCUGGGUCCGACACGAGGCCGUUUCAUUUACUGCCAAAGCACCCGAACCUGGUUUACUACGAGAUCGAUUUCCCGACUCAAGUGCGCAAAAAGGCGGCCAUUGUUCGCCGGCACUUGUCUCAGAAGGUGGAAUUAUGUGAUUCGGCGACGCCGGUGACGCUGGAGGGCGAUAUCAACACGUCAAGGUACCACUUGUUGGGCCAGGACCUGCGGCAGCUUUCGCUGCCUGAUCUCGACGAAUCGGUGCCCACUCUCAUUAUUAGCGAGUGCUGUUUAUGUUAUUUGGCACCUGAAAGCUCACAUUUGGUGCUUGAGUACUUUGCAUCAAGAGUCGCCCACCUAUCUAUUGUCCUAUACGAGCCCAUUGGCCUGGAUGACGAGUUUGGACGAGUAAUGGCCGAAAACCUCAUGAUGAGAGGCCUGUGUCUCCCCACAUUUCAGAAAUUCAGCACACUGGACUCCCAGACAUCCCGCCUCAGAGAGCUUGGGCUGACGCACACAAUAUCCGCCAAAGACAUGGAGCAGUACUACAACGACCUGCCCAGUGCAGAGCAGAAACGCAUCCACCGGCUGGAGUUUCUGGACGAGGUCGAAGAGAUGAAUCUCUUACUGAGGCACUACUGUGUUGUGUUUGCUGGAAAAUGA